AUGAUAGAGAGUCUCGAAGACCGCUGGAUGGUUUUCAAGGGUUGCAUCAAAGGCGCUGAUUUAGCGCAUGCAGCCACUUCUUGGGACCAACACAAAAAGUGGUCGGAGAGACUUGCAGAAGAAUUCUAUCUCCAAGGAGACGAAGAAAAACGUCUGGGGCUUCCGGUGUCAAAUCUGUGCGACAGACUUCUCAAACACGAAUUCAGCAGAUCCCAGGCGGGGUUUCUGAAAGUGCUGGUGGAGCCUUUGUUCAUGGAAGUGGCAGCUUUGGCAAACCCCAAGGGGAAAGAACGCAUGCAUCAGGUGAUUUGCAAAAACAUAAAAAACAACAAAGAGAGGUGGGAAGGAAGUGUUUAG